AUGAAGGCCUUGGCGGUCGGUCUCGCGUCUCUACUGCUAGCAGUCCCGACCAAGGCGGCUCUGGAACUCGAUCUUUCUAGUACAUCGUCCAUCAAGAGUGUCGCCAGCAGCUUGGCGUACGGUCUCGUCAAGUUCUACAAUGGAAACACGACGGCCGGAAUCCCCGGCCUAUUAGGGGGGAAAUAUUACUGGUGGGAGGCUGGCGGCAUGUUUGGCCACCUCAUCGACUACUGGUACUACACCGGCGACUCGACCUACAACGACAUCGUCAUGCAGGCCAUGAUGCACCAGAUCAACGCGCCCGCCGGCGACUUCCUCCCGCGCAACCAGACCAACGCCAUGGGCAACGACGACCAGGGCUUCUGGGCGCUGACCACCAUGAUGGCCGCCGAGGCCGCCUUCCCGAACCCGCCCUCGGACACGCCGCAGUGGCUCGCCGGCGGCCAGGCCGUCUUCAACGAGUACGUCGCCCGCUGGCGCGAGGAGGACGGGCUCUGCGGCGGCGGCCUCCGCUGGCAGGUCUACUCCUUCCUCAGCGGCUACGACUACAAGAACAGCAUCGCCAACGGCUGCUUCUUCAACGUCGCCGCCCGCCUCGCCCGCUUCACCGGCAACGACACCUACGCUGAAUGGGCGGCCAAGAUUUACGAGUGGGAGGUCGGCAUCGGCCUUAUCACGGCCGACUACGAGGUCUACGACGGCAUCGAGGUGAAGGACGCGGAGCGCGCCUGCAGGAACAUCCACGCGGCGCAGUUCAGCUACAACGCCGGCGUGUGGCUGGCCGGCUCGGCGGCCAUGUACGACUACACCAAGAACGACACGUGGAAGACGCGCAUCGACGGGCUGCUCAACUUCACCACCAACAUGUUCGUCUCCACCGAGGGCGGACACCUGUGGGAGCCCCCCUGCGAGCAGCAGCCGACGGGGUGCGACCAGAACCAGGUCAGCUUCAAGGGCUACCUGAUCCGGUUCCUGUCCUUCACCGCCAAGCUGGCUCCGUGGACGGCCGACGGCAUCGCCAAGAUCGUGCGGCAAGCGGCCACCGACGCCGUGGCCGUGUGCACGGGUCCGCAGAACGAGGGGUAUCCGGGCCCGGACGGCACCGGGUGCGGCUUCUCGUACCUCUCGCCGACAAAGUACGACGGCAAGACGGGCGUGGGCCAGCAGAUGAACGCGAUGGCGGCGGUGUACUACAAUUUGCUGGCGGAUGCGAAGCCGCCGGCGACGGGCGAGGACAGGGGCACGUCCAAGGGGAAUCCCAACGCGGGGAGCAACCAGGCCCAGCCGCUGCCGGAGCCGCGGGCCAUUGUCGCCUCGGACAGAGCCGGCGCGGCGAUACUGACGAUCUUGUUCACGUCGGGUAUCGUGGCGGGGAGUUUCUUCUUGAUGAGCAAUGUAUUUGAUUGA